CGAUCCAGCAACAGAAUGCAUUGUCUCACAUUAGCACUGAUUGCCAUCUGCGGUUUAACCGUAGGAUUUGCUGCAGCUCCAGCUCCAAGGGCAGCAGCUGCUCCAGCCAAUAAUUUCUAUUUGGAGGUGCAGAACUGGGUGCGAAGUGUGCCACACAAGGAGAUCCAGCAAUUGGUCAGAGCUUAUGCUCUGAAUGAUGCCGGAUUCCAGUCAGUGCUGAGAGAGAUCAACUCGUUGCCCACAUAUCGAUUGCGCCAGCAAGUGCUCCGUCAGCCGGAGGUGCUUCAAUUCAUUCAGUGGCUGGGGCAGCAAUUGCUGCUGUCAGGCGGAUCCCUGAAAGUGUUUGACGACCUCGAGAUUGAGAUUAAACUGUUCAACAAAUAUCCCUACUGGGCUCAGUCGGUGAAUGGAGUCGCUGGCUUCGAGCAGGAAUUCCUCUAUCUGUAUCCCGUCCAACAGCUGCGUAGUCUCCUGGAAAGCAACGCCCAGCAGAGUCCCGCCUCUGCCGAGCUCUGGCGUCGCCUGGUUGCCCUGAAGCCGGUCUACGAACGAAUUGUGGCCACACCACAGGCCAUCGCUUUUGGCAAUCGCCUGCGUGCCUUGGGCGUGGAUAUUGCUGGCGUGGAUUCGCUCAUUCGCUACCAACUGGGCUGGAGCAAUGAAACCAUCUCCAACUACGACUACCAGGAUUAUCUUGGAUUUUAAAUGAAGCUCAAUUGUGAAAAUGGUCGGGAAGUGAAGCGGAUUUAAUAGUGAAUCUAUCUAUUAUAAUUACUAUACUCGCAUUUAUCCAACUAUAACUGUUAUGAAAUAUCAGCUUGCAAUAUUAUAUUCUUGGUUUUAAUAUUUCA